ACUUGGGAGUGAAGGGACACCUCACCCACUCAGUUUCGUUCUUAACCUCCAAAAAUCAUUCAUUCAUUCAUUCAUAAUUCAUUUCCAGUGAUAACCAUUUUCUCUUUCUCUCUCUCUCUAUUGUUGGAUCAUAUCACCUCUGAAGAAGCUCCUCCACCUAUAUAUAUAUAUAUAUAUAUAUAACCCUUCAAACCUCACUCAUUCACUUCACCAAUUUCUCUUUCUAGAAUCUUAACCAAAAUUUCCCUCUUUCCUUCGAAUCUGUAACUCCUGAAACCGUAUCUAUCCAUUUGAAUCCAAAAACUCUUACCCUUUCCCUCAUACUUCUCUCACACCCACAAUUCAAAAGAUUAGAACUUUCCAACACGCCUUUUCCUAAAACCCCAAUUCAACAGUUUUCCCCUUCAGAAUUAGCGUUGCCUCAUGGCGUCAUCUCUCAUCUCAAACCCACCGGCUACCACGGAUCGGUCUCGUGACUCGCACAGAACAAGGAAGAAGAAGAAAUCCCAGCCCAAGCAUCCACAGGAGCCGAGCCACGCCAAAUGGAGAUCGCAGGCGCAGCAACAGCUUUACUCCUCCAAGCUCCACCAAGCCUUAGCCAGAGUCAACAUCUCCGGCGACGCACCGCGCCGCGGGAGAGCCGUCCGGGAAGCCGCCGAUAGGGUCCUCGCCGUCGCUGCCCGUGGUAAAACCCGGUGGAGCCGAGCCAUCCUCACGAACCGGCUCAAGCUCAAGUUCAGAAAACAGCCCCACAAGAGACAGCGGGUUGUUGCGCCGGCCCGGUCCAAAAAAACCCGGUUCAGCGUUCUCCGGCUCAAGGGAAAAACCCUCCCAACGGUUCAGCGAAAGGUUAAGGUCCUGGGCCGGUUGGUUCCCGGUUGCAGAAAAGAACCGCUUCCGGUUAUACUCGAAGAAGCCAUUGAUUACAUACCCGCACUUGAGAUGCAGGUUCGAGCCAUGACGGCUCUCGCUGACUUACUCUUCGGCUCUUCCUCCGCCGCCGCCGCCUCUUCCUCCGCCUAUGCGCCGCCGAGUUGAUGACACGUGUCACAUAUUUUUUCCCGUUCUUAAUUUUUGUUAUUAUUUGCCUCGUUUUCUUCACCCUCUCUUGCAAGUAAAGGUUUAUUAUGUUAAUUGUUGAGUACAUACUUAUAUAUAUCUUCUUUUCAUUUUUAUUUUACCUUUCAAGCAAUUUAAUCACAUACUUAGCUUGGAACGUUUAUCAGAAAUAGCCUUUUUAACUUCCUUAAACAAGGAUGAUUUAUCGUAAUGUAACAUCAGUUAUAAGCUUUUGUGCCUUAUAGCAAAAAGU